UUUGCCACUCAUUUCAUAAACGUGCCGCCUGUUGAACGGAACGCUGAGCGCGACGCACGCGCAACCGCCCCCAAAGAAGUGACGAUAUCGACGUGAAUAUGUGCGUCUAGUUCGGUGCGAGCCAAAAAUCAAAAUUUGAAAUAAAUAAACAUAAAACUAUAACAGAGAAUAGUGAAACGUGACUCGAAUCACAACAUGGUCAUGGAGAUGUCCAAGACGUAUCAGUACCGCAAGGUGAUGAAGCCGCUGUUGGAGCGCAAGCGACGGGCGCGCAUCAACAAGUGCCUGGACGAUCUCAAGGACUUAAUGGUGGAGUGCCUGCAGCAGGAGGGCGAGCAUGUCACGCGCCUCGAGAAGGCCGACAUACUCGAGCUAACGGUGGAUCACAUGCGCAAGCUGAAGCAACGCGGUGGCCUCACCCUGCACGCCGUCGGCAAUGCUGCGACCGGUGGGAGCGGCGUGGCCGCCUCCAGCACCAGUGCCGCCCACGUCGAGUCCUUUCGCUCUGGCUAUGUGCACGCCGCCGAUCAGAUUACACAAGUGCUGUUGCAGACGCAGCAAACCGAUGAGAUUGGCCGCAAGAUUAUGAAGUUUCUAUCGACGCGCCUAAUUGAGCUGCAGACUCAAUUGCUACAACAGCAACAACAACAACAGCAGCAGCAGCAACAACAACAGCAAUCUCUCUCUCAUGCCACAGGACGCUUGGCCUUUCCGCUGCUGGGCGGGUACGGCGCCGCAGCCGCAGCCAGCUACAGCGCCUUCCUGGCGGGCAAGGACGAACUGAUCGAUGUGACAUCCGUGGAUGGCACAGCGCUAUCCGAGACAGCGUCGAUUAGCUCGCAGGAGUCGGGCGCCUCGGAACCCGUCUGGCGGCCCUGGUAAUCAACUGGCUGCCUGCCUGGCGACAUCAUCUAAUUUCUAGAUCUUAUCUUAAGUAUUCCAAAUGGCUAUUAACCGUUCGCUGCAGCCAUUAUCAGCAGCAGCAACAACAGCAGCAAAAUCUGUUGUCUUCCAAAGCAAAUUGUGACGACGAGUCAUUUCACUGAUUUCGUUGCACUGUGCAUUGUUUUUAAAUACUUUUAAGUUUAUUUUGAUAAUAACUGUAAAUUGUUGCAUUUCAACUGUGAUAUAACUAAAGUACGUGGCCUUUCAACUCACCUGGAAUGCGCCAACAUCCUAAUAAUCUUUGCUAAAGUUCCCUAGAGUUAAAAGUGUGCUUUGUUCAUAAGUAAAGGCAUCUUUAAAAAAUAUAUACAUAUAUAUAACUACAUUAAGCUUUAAAUAA